AUGUCGAUGCAUAUGCAUCACGGUCCUCCGGGUCCUGCACCUCCUCCACCGCCUCCUGCUUCAAGCUAUGCAACAGCUGCCCCUUCGCGCCAAAUCACGGCCAUGAACGAGGCUGUCUGGAUGCAAAUUGGCAGUUUUGCUGAGCUCCUGGGAAACCCCGAGGAAGCUAUGGGUGCCUACGAAUUCGCCCUUCGCGCCAACCCCCAGUCCAUACCAGCUAUGAACGCCAUCAGCCUCAUUCUCCGAACACGCGAGGAUUUCCCAAAGGCCAUCGAGUACCUACAAGCCAUCUUGAAGCUGGAUCAGAACAAUGGCGAGGUUUGGGGUAGCCUUGGCCACUGCUACUUGAUGAUGGACGAUCUCCAACAGGCCUAUGCGGCAUACCAGUCAGCGCUGGUAAACCUGAGAAAUCCAAAAGAGCCGAAGCUUUGGUAUGGUAUUGGCAUCCUCUAUGACCGGUACGGUUCUCUUGACCACGCUGAAGAGGCUUUCUCCCAAGUCAUGUCGAUGCAGCCGGACUUUGAGAAGGCAAAUGAAAUAUACUUCCGACUGGGUAUAAUUUACAAGCAACAACAAAAAUACAACCAAAGCCUGGAGUGCUUCAAGUACAUCGUCAACUCGCCACCCCCUCCUCUUACCGAGGAAGACAUCUGGUUUCAGAUCGGCCACGUGUACGAGCAGCAGAAAGACUUUGACAACGCCAAAUCCGCGUACCAACGUGUCCUUGAGCGCGACCCCAACCAUGCGAAAGUCCUUCAGCAGCUCGGCUGGUUAUAUCACAACCAGAGCAGCAGCUUCUCAAGUCAGGACCGUGCUAUCGAAUAUCUUGAGAAGUCUGUUGCGGCCGAUAACAACGACGCACAAAGCUGGUAUCUGCUUGGCCGCUGUUACAUGUCUCAGCAAAAGUAUCCCAAGGCAUACGAGGCAUAUCAGCAGGCUGUUUACCGCGAGGGUCGCAACCCUACUUUCUGGUGCUCGAUCGGUGUUCUCUACUACCAGAUCAACCAGUAUCGGGAUGCGCUGGAUGCGUACUCACGGGCGAUUCGCCUGAACCCGUUCAUAUCGGAGGUGUGGUAUGAUCUUGGCACUCUGUACGAGUCCUGCAACAACCAAAUCAGCGACGCCCUCGAUGCCUACCAAAGAGCCGCGGAGCUGGAUCCCAACAACCCCCACAUCAAAGCCAGACUGCAGCUGCUUCGCAAUGGGUCGAACAACGGAAUUGGCAGCGCACCGAUGCCUACGGAUGUCCACCCUCAUGCGUACCAGACAACGCCGGUUGGGCCCCCGGGUCCUCAGUGGGGUAACUCGGGCACCCAGCAGUCAGCGCCCAUGAACGGCCCUCCUCCGCCGCCGGGCCCGGGGUCCAACGGAUGGGGACGUCUGUCGGAGAUUAACCCUCCCCCUCAGCCGCCCAACCCGUUCGACCAGCGCGAGCUGUACAGAGGCCAGGCUCCUCCGGCUGUGAGGCCGCCAAGUCCGCGCACGGAUCCGCAACUGCGCCCGUACCCAGAACAGGGUCGCCCGGGACCCAACGGAGUCAGCGGUCCUAGCCUAUUGGGAUCUUCCGGACCGGGGGGUCCUCUGCGACGUCCUACGCCUCCAUCGUCACACUACGGCCCACCGCCGCCGCAGUUGCAGCAGCCACAGCCGCCGCCGCAGCCACGCGUGCAGAACAGCAGCUACAUGGGGGGCGCACCGUCGUCUCUUCCUCCUAACAACGGAGUCAACGGGCCGCCGCCACCGCCGGCCGUCGUGAGCCCUCGUGGAUAUCAUGCCCCAAGCCCACGCAACGAGACCCGUGGUGUUGUGCACGACACGCGCAUGCCGUCGCCCAAGUCGGCGUACCCGCAGCAUCAGCCGCCGUAUUCACACCCGGACCAAAAUGUGUCGGGUCCCAUUGAGUCGGGUCCACCACCGCCACCGCCUCAGUCAAUGCCGUCCGAGGGUAGCAUGCACCGGGAUGAUCGUCCGCCGUCGGUCGGCCCCAAGAGAAUGCGAGAGUGGGAGGACGACACGGCUGCCAAGAAGCCUGCUUCUGAAGAGGCUCGUGCGCGUCUGGACGACAUUCAUCACCGCCGGCCCUCAACGCCUCCCCACGAGCCGUACCGCCGCAAUUCGUCUGAGGCUAGGCGUUUCGAUGAUCAGCGUCGGGGGGAAGACCAGCGCCGCCUGGAGGAUAUCCGCCGCACAGAUGACCCGCAACGUCACGCAAACGAUGGCUACCACCCAUCUGAGGCUGCCCAUCAUCAGCCUGCGCAUCCGGUGUCUAGCCACCUGCCGCCUCUGCAGUCGGGUCCCUCUCACAUGCACGAUGGUCCGUUGUCGGGCCCUGAUCCAAAGGACUACCCACAGGAGGAGCGCAAGCAGCGGUUGGAACACCAGCCGCCGCCUCCGCCACCUCCCCCUAUCAGCGAGCCCGAGCGGGCUGCACGGAAGGUCGAUGUAGACGAGGACUACGAUGACAGUGGCGAGGACGACAAGAAGGCAGGGGCUGCUACCAGCGCGGCUGGGCCAAGCUCUACCGGUGCUGCAUCUGUGUCGGGCGAAAUCAAGACGAGCACACCUACUAGUGCUGGCGUCAAUGGCAUAAUCACAAAGUCUGAAGCAGUGUAA